AAACAGGCGGAAUGAUCUCAGACAGCUGACAGCAGCGGAUCCUAGGGACCAGCAGAGACCGCGGACCAGCACAGAGCACCGACCAGCGGACUUCAGAAACCCGGCCCACAGCAUAGAGAGAGGAGAUGGGGGACAGAGCGGGGACCAGAGUGUUUAAGAAGUCCAGCUCCAACACUAAGCUCACAGUUUAUCUGGGGAAAAGAGACUUUGUUGAUCACUUAGACCAUGUAGAUCCAGUAGAUGGAGUACUCCUUGUAGACCCAGAGUACCUGAAGGAACGUAAAGUGUUUGUGACUCUGACCUGUGCGUUUUGUUACGGUCGGGAGGACCUGGACGUCUUGGGCCUGUCCUUCAGGAAGGAUCUGUACGUCAGCUCCGUGCAGGUCUUCCCUCCUCUGCAGGAGGAGCCGAGGCCUCUGAGCCACCUGCAGGAGAGGCUGCUGAAGAAGCUGGGUCAGCACGCUCACCCCUUCAGCUUCAUUAUUCCUCAGAACCUGCCCUGCUCAGUGACCCUCCAGCCAGGCCCAGAGGACACUGGGAAAGCGUGUGGCGUGGACUUCGAGCUCCGAGUCUUCUGUGCAAAGACUGUGAACGAAAAGAUCCACCAUAGGAACUCUGUUUGCCUGGCGAUCCGGAAGGUUCAGUUCGCUCCAGAGAAGCCGGGCCCUCAGCCGAUGGUGGAGACCAGCCGCAGCUUCCUGAUGUCGGACAGAUCUCUGCACUUAGAGGCCUCACUGGAUAAGGAGCUGUACUACCACGGUGAGCCCAUCAGUGUCAACGUCCACGUCACCAACAACUCCACCAAGACUGUGAAGAAAAUCAAGAUCUCAGUUCGUCAGUAUGCUGACAUCUGUCUGUUCUCCACGGCUCAGUACAAGUGUUCAGUGGCUCAGGUUGAAGCAGAUGACCAGGUGUCACCCAGCUCCACCUCUUGCCAGGUCUACACCCUGACCCCCGUGCUGGGUACCAACAGGGAGAAGAGAGGCCUGGCUCUGGAUGGAAAACUGAAGCAUGAAGACACCAACCUGGCUUCCAGCACCAUAGUGAAAGAGGGGGCCAACAAGGAGACGAUGGGGAUCGUGGUUUCUUACAGAGUUAAAGUCAAACUGGUGGUGUCUCUUGGAGGGGAUGUAGCAGUGGAACUCCCUUUUGUCCUGAUGCAUCCUAAACCGACAGACCAGCCCUGCUCCAAGCCCCAGUCAGAGGCUGAUGCUCCUGUAGAUGUAAACCUUAUAGAGUUUGGCACAAAUUCUUCCUCUCAGGGUGAUGACUUUGUGUUUGAAGACUUUGCUCGGCUGAGGUUGACCGGGACGAAGGAUCACCUGGGUGCGGAGGAUCCCUUCUGUUAGCUGGUCCUGCUCGCUCAGCAGGGCCUCUGGUCUGAGGUCAGGACCCUGAACCCCAGAGGGCAUUAAGAAGAUGGAGAUGAUUUAACUGAACCAUUUGAAGCUCUUGUUUGUUUGUGUGUUUGUGUAGGAGUGAAGGAGUCAUUGUUCAGGUAAAUGAUAAGAGCUGUUUUCUUCAGGUAUCAGUGACACUGAUCAAUAACAGAGGAAGUUGAUUUAUCUUUAACCUCUUCAGGAUGAAAUAAUCUGAUGCAUCUUCACUUCGCAGAACAAAGUUUAAUGAAACCACAGCAGUCAUCGUAUUGUUUUUACUUCCUUUUUACUAACAGAUAUUCUCUGCUUGUCUUACCUUGUAUGUAAUACAUCAAUAGGAUGAAUAUGCUGUAUAUGUACAUUGUGAUUUUAAUGUUGAAGGGGCAGUUGGUGUUUGCUCUUCUGCCUUCAGCUUGUGUUUAAUGCAACUGUAUAAAAUACACAGCUGUUGUUUUCCUGCUCCGGCAAUCUUUUAGACACUUUCAUACAAAGUGUAAAGUAGUCUGUCUCUCCUGGACACACAUAUAAAACACCACAUACACAGACAUUGUCAACAAUAAUACAUCCUCAUUCUGAGCAUGCUGUAAACACAGUUUGUUCUCAGAGGCUCAUGGGAAAUGAAGUAUAAACGUACAGUGUCUUACAGACUAAAGUGUCAGCAUGAUGUUCAGAUAGAACUUUGAAAACCGUGUUGGUCAGUUGGUCAGAUACUGGCUUUUAGCAGGUGAUGCUGAUAUUUGAGCCAAUGAGUGUAUAAGCAUCUUUGAUAAGGAUCCAGAAAAUGUCACAGUGAUGCACUAACAUCUGCUGAUAAUAAAAUCGACCUCCCGCCUUAUCAUCUGGCCUCUAAUCCCUAAAACCAUUGGAUGAUGUUCCCCCCAGGAUGAACUGUAAUAACUUUUCAUCCUGUGUGAAAACUCAGAUCUGUCCAACACUUUAUUUAAUAACCAGUUACCCUGAAAAACGGAAGAUGUUCGCCCAUGUUUAGAGUCAUCUGUUCAAUCAUGUUGCAACGUAACUACACACGUUAUGCUUCAUUAUAUUCUUCACUGUGAUCUCACUGUAGUGUGGAACAAAACUGUUAGCGUGGAGCUGAUUCUGUCUGUCAUAUUUUAAUAUGCGAGUCGACCACAUGGACGAUCAACCACAGCGUCUUUGUUUGUCCUGGUCCACACAUAUUGAAUCUGAGCUACGACAUCAAAGACUGUACAUCCUACACUGACACUGAGUCUCUCCUGUGGGACAAUCGGUUCAUAAGUGUCUAAACAGCACUGUGUGUUUUAUCUAUGAGGAUGGAGGAGUGAGGAUCAUGAAUCUGCCUGAUUUUUUUUUCCCCCACAUUGUUUUAUGAGAAAUAUGAGAUUUGUAUAAUAAAUGCAAAUGUAAGAUAUCACAUCUAUUAUCAUUAUAACCAAACAUUUAUAGGAAACAUCUCACUUCAAAUAUAAGAAGAAACAAUGUUACAUGAUCUU